UUCUCAAAGGCAGUGGCACAGCAGACGAGUAGAGCAGUAGUAACAGAGAACAAGUAUCAAAACAGAUAUUAAAUUUAAGUAUUUCAUUUAAGCCCAGAGACAUAGAUUAAAAUACAGCAUUUAACCUUGGAUUUCGCUAGAAAAUUGUUUGGUUUGUUGCCCCAAAAUUCUGUUGAGAUUGGAAGGGUUGAAAUUGAGUUAUUGGAUGAGUGAAAGACAUGAGUGAAAGAAUGAAACAACAAAUUUUUGCCACGAUCGUAUUUUUUCUGAGGACAAAUACCUUUGUCUACCACAUCCCUUGAUCAUCGCCUAUGCAACAUGAACUGCUGAUAUUCUGGCGACCCGGAGAUCUUUGCCACGUAUUGCUGGAUUGAUUCAUCUGCUGGACUUGUUUUAUGAGGUUACAAAAUGAAUGCAAUGGGAUACUUGCCUUUAGUGCAGGAGAAGCGUCAAACAUCCUGGUUGCGCAUCCCAUUUGGUAAGCUGGCAUGGAUUACUGUCAGCUUACCAUUUUUUUCAUUUAUAUUUUGUGUUAUUUGGUCUGUCCUAUUCAACUUUGACAAAGCAACUUUCACUCAUUGCAAGGUUGACAACUAUUUACCUUCAAUAUCUGCGGCGAUUGGAAACUUUAGCCCUCAGAGAGAUGUGUGGCGAACAGCCAUUGGCACGCAUGCUCUCCCAAGACUACUGGUUGCCUCCAAGUAUUACAGUUACUACAGAGCAGUUCUGUAUAAGUGGGCUCAUUCCUUAGCUGCUGUUGCUUGCUGGUUGACGGUUAUUGAAAAUCUUGCUCUUGUUGGUCUCACCUUUGUUUCUUCCAGUGACAAUUAUCCUGCUCAUGAAAAACUUUUUAUAAUAUUCUUGAUUUCUUCGGAACUCUACAUGGUGCUCACAUGUGUUUUGGUUUCCCGUACUCGGUCAAUGCCCCCUGAUGAUCUGGAUAGAAAAUCGUUAAAAACUAAGUGGAGACUCCUCUGCAUAAAUAUUUCAUUUUCUUUAAUGGCCGUUUACUGGUUUACAAGACACAACAGCUACUGUGAGCCAGGAGUGUAUACCCUAUUUGCCCUCUCAGAGUAUGUGGUAGUUCUGACCAAUAUGGCUUUCCAUAUGACUGCUUAUUGGGAUUUCAAUGGCUGCAUACUUGUUGUGGGCUCUCGAGGGAUACAUCUCAGAUGACGACCACUUCAAAUGGGGGA